GCAGCCAAGGUUGGAUCGCCAACGUCGCCGCCUCAGUAUGUUUUACAGUCCGAGACAAGGUGGACGUAUAUUCCGUCGCGAUAUUUCUAAGAGUUAUCGUACUUUUACAACCCGUUGAAAAUUAAUAUCGCUAUGUAAUGUGAACAUUGUGAUAGGCUGAAUUGCGGCAAUUUUUUGUGAAACAUGAUUGAAGUUAUAGGAAAUGUCCAGCAAACAAAUAGCAAGCUUCGGCGGUUGGCGUCCAGGCUAUGCAGCACGGACUCCUGGAAGAGAAGACUGCCUAUAACAAUAUGGCUGCCCAAGUACAGCUUAGAGUAUUUACUACGAGAUGCCAUUGCAGGUAUAACAGUGGGCCUGACCUCAAUACCUCAGGGUAUUGCAUAUGCUAUGGUAGCUGGAUUGCCUCCACAGGUGGGCCUAUACUCCAGCAUAUUCCCAGGCCUCAUGUAUAUGCUAUUCGGCAGCUGUAAGGACGUCACUGUGGGCCCCACUGCCAUCUUGGCGGCCUUACUCGCCAAGUACGUGGCCAAGUCGGCUGACUUCGCUUACUUGGCCUCAUUCCUGUCAGGCUGUGUUAUACUGCUACUUGGAAUACUGCAGUUAGGUUUUCUAUUAGACUUCAUAUCAACUCCAGUGAUAAGCGGCUUCACAACUGCGGCCGCACUACAGAUAAGCGCUUCACAACUCAAGUCACUGUUCAGGAUAUCAGGUUCUUCAGGCGACACGUUCUUCGAUGCUAUUAUAAACUUCUUCAAGAACAUAAAGACAGUGCAGCUAUGGGACACAGUAUUAGGAAUCAGCACUAUCAUAGCUCUGCUGUUACUUAAACGUGCCACAAUGACAGUGAGGGACGGUGCGUCUCCCUGCCGCGCUCGGCUGGCGGGCUGCUGGCUCAACGUGGUCCGCGCGAGGAACGCGCUCGUGGUGUUCGCGGCCGCUAUACUGGCGUACUUGCUCAAGCUGCGCGGCCUCACGCCCUUCGCGCUCACUGGUACAAUCCAGGGUGGUUUACCAGAAUUCGGUCCCCCACCCUUCCAGACAGUUGUGAACAACCAGACGCUGUACUUCGAAGAUAUGCUAGAGGUGUUUGGGGGGGAGGGGAUCGUGAUGCCGCUGGUUGCAAUCCUAGAGAGCAUCGCUAUUGCUAAAGCUUUUGCCGGCAGCACAACAGUGGACGCGACACAGGAGAUGCUCGCAAUAGGCAUGUGUAACCUGGUAUCGUCAUUUGCACAAAGCAUGCCGGCCACCGGGUCCUUCACGCGGACCGCGCUGAACCACGCGAGCGGAGUUGUCACACCUGCUGGCUGCUUUUUUAAAGCGAUGUUGGUGCUGCUGGCAGUGACCCUGCUAUCUGACGCGUUCUACUUCAUCCCCCGAGCCACGCUGGCUGGCAUCAUCAUAGUCGCCAUGUUCUCUCUCAUGGAGAUCAGUAUUAUACGACGACUGUGGAGAAAUAGCAAAUUGGAGCUGGUAGUGUACGCGGUGACGGUGGUGUCGGGCGCGGGCGCGGGGCUGGAGUACGGCAUCGCGUGCGGCGCGGCCGCCGACGCCGCGCGUGCGCUCGCCCGCGCCGCGCGCCCGAGACUGAACGCCUCCGCCUUCAAGGUGGGCAACCAGGACUGCAUCUCAGUGUCGCUGACAGGCGGUCUGUCGUACCCGUGCGCGCAGCACGUGCAGCACAAGCUGCGCGGGCUCGUGCUGCGUGCUGCGCUCGUCGUGCUCGACGCCCGCCAGCUGCACGCCAUGGACAUCGGCGUCGCUGAGAACUUAAUAUCUGUGAUAGUAGACUUAGAGAUGCAAGGUCACAGGUUCCUCCUGUGGAACUUCAAGCAGAGCCAUCAGAAACUUCUAGAAGAUAUACAUCCAGGGUUCGAGAGCAGAUUCGUUGAUGGACCCAGUAUUGAUCAGCAUAUAUUAGGCAUGGAGAUCACACGAUAAGUUUUGCUCAACAAAAAGCCAGUUGGAGUUUGUAAAUACAUCAUCAUUACUAUCAUAUCACACAAGUAGGUUUAUAAUAAACUUAAGGAAUAAAUGAAUAACAAGGUUGAAUGGCAAAUGAUCAAGUCAUCCAUCAUCCUCCGGGCCUUUUAAAAACUAUGUUAGGGUCGGCUUCCAGUCUAACCGAAUGUAGCUGAGUACCAGUGCUGUAUGGCAAAUGAUCAAGUCAAGGUGCUAAAUAUUAUUUUGUAAUUAGUUUCUUACUGAGGAUUUCAAUAACUGAUCCAUCGAUGUUUUUGCGUAACUUCCUUAAGUUGUAAAAAGUUCUAAUAACUUGCAUGUAAAACCGCUUGUUUUACAUUGUUAAAAUCGUUAUUUGCUACAUAAGAGAGUCAUGCCGGCCUUUUAACGACGUUAAAUAUCAUCAAAUGCUCCCCUCCCGCUGUGGGUUAGCAGCGGUGAGGGAGUGUCAGACUCUUACUGACUAAAAACCGUCGUGUUCCGUCGAAGGCCUUUUAUGUACCAGGGCCGCGGUAUCUCUAUCCGGCCCGCCUUAGAUAAAAGCAGUUCACCAUUCUUAUGAUGUAAUUGUAAAUUACUGUUUAAGUAAUACAAUGCGUGUAACGGGUAGUACUUAUGAAACAAAGUAUUGUUGUCCUUUACUGUAGGCUAAACAUGAAAGACACGAAAUACAUGAGCUAUCAAAUUAGAGAAUUGUAGACACCAGAUAGGUGAAAUUCUUUGGCGAAACUUAUAUAACUUAAUCAUACAUUCCAUUAUACAGUAAAAAUACUUUGCUAUUGUAUAUUGUAAUAGAAUUAUAUUUUGUAAAUAAUUUAUUGUCUUUCUUAAUUACGUGAUACUGAAUGUGAUAAAAUCAUAAACUUUGCGUAACACAUUGAAUCUGAUUCUACAUAUUAUGCUAAUUAUAGGUUUAUAGAUAAAUCUACUUAUUUAAAUAAUUUCUUUUCGAUUUAUAUUUUAUUUAGUACAAUUUGUUGAUAUAUUGUAAGUGCGGUUAUUUUAUCAUGAAGUUUUGAAAUAAAUAUUCAACGAAUUUAAUUGUU